GGCAAGAAGGCGAAGCCAUUUGUGGCAGUUCGACAAAUCCUUCACUCAAUUUCUCUCUCUACCGCAAUCUGCAUCGCCCUUUCAUCCACUUUUAGCUUUCAAUUUUUUUUCCCAAAUCUCAAACACUAGUCUUCGUCAAUGAAUUCAGAUUCCCCUAUAUAUACAACAGCUGCUGCUGCUUUCUUUAUUCAUAUCGCCAGCCGAAGCAAUUCAUUCCCUAAAUUGCCCUCUCUCGCUCCUCUUUUAAAUCAUGCUUCUUUUACUCCACUCAAAUCAACAUCUUUCCCCUCUUGCGAUCCUCCCAAUUCCGCGAUUCCUGUCCCGUUGAUCCCUUUUUCUGGCCCCGAUUGUUGCCCAUUGCUUGUUAUCAGUCGCGGAUGCUCGUUGUGGGUUUUGAUUUUGGAGGAAUUAUUCGUGGGGUUGAUCCUAAUUUUGUUGGGGGUUUGAUUUUUUCAAUUGUGGGAAGCUAGGGCUAGUUUGUUGAUUCUUGCCCUAGAAUCUUGUUGGUUUGGGUUGAAGGAGUGUUCUUGAGUUAGUAAUGAAGAGGGGUAGUGGGGAUGAUGGGGAAGGGGAGAACUUGGAGUUGAAGAAGUUAAAAUUGUUUAGUGGGAGUGAUCAGAAUUAUAUCGACUUAGAUAGUCUAACAAAUGAAGGUGAGGAAGAGGGGGUUUUUGCUGAGAGUAGAACUGUAAAUGGCGAGCAUGUUGAUAGGAACUUGAGCCAUUUUGGUAAUGUAGUCCCUAAUGAUUUUGAUGGCUUGAGUCUUGGUGGUCUCGGGGGGUCGUCGAAUAUGUGGGACUACGACCUAAAUUUUGAUAUGUUUUUUAAGGGGGAAGGGCAAGGUUUGCCUUUAGAUCUUAACAUUCCAUUGCAUAAUCCAUCCCCUAAUAGGAACAAGGGCCUUUUGGCAUAUGAUCAGUAUCCUGAUGAGAGGCUUGUUAGUAAGGGCAAGGAGGUUGUCGACCUUGUGUCAGACGAUGAUGACAGUGAUGUGGAAAUUGUAGGGUAUACGUGUGGUUAUAAUCAACAAAUAGAGUCAGGGGAAAGGUUGAGCCUUGGAUUGGGGCUGCCUAGAUUGGAUAAUGGUAUUGGUGAGAGCAGCCUAGCGGCCAGUGGUGCGUAUAGAUAUACUGAUGAAGAAAAGGGGAAGGGUAGUGAUAUGAAUUCGUGGUUAUCGCUUAAGGGUAAUUCUUUUUUUAAUUUGGAUUCGGAUACUGAUAAUGAUGAACCAGUCCAGCUGAUUGAGCCGAAUGACGGACCAGUAGAGCUGAUUGAGCCUCCUCUAGAAGCGGUUGAGGGCCUUGAGGCUAUGCUAUUGCAAGAAGAAGUAUUGGCUAGAAGAGCCGCAAUGGCUCCAAGGGACCAGGAGAAUCGGAGAAGGGCUGCUAGGCAACUUGCUCGUGUUAACAUUUUCGAUGAGAAUAGAGGAGACCAGCCUUCUACUGAGAAUCAACAACCACCCGCCCCUAAUCCUAUGGAAGGGUUGGGAAAAUUGCCGGGGCCUUUUGGUGAUGCUUUGAAGAUGGUGAGAGAGAGAACCUCAAAGCGAGCAGCUGAGCAGUUGAUUGAGUGGAGCCCCUCAGUGAAAGAUCAGCAAAGAAGCGUUGCUGCACCCUUUGUUCCUUCGCUGCUCAAUAUAUCACUGAAAGCUCUUGCUGAAUGUGCUGAGGGAAUGGUGUCGCUCAAACAGGUUCCAGAUAACCUCCGAGUAAGACUGACUAACAGAUUGUGCGAUAAAGGUUUAAUGAACGUUGGUUUUUUGAACUUUCUGGUGGAAGGAUCUCCAACUGAGAUACGCAUAAAGAAUUGCUCGUGGCUAACUGAAGAGCAAUUUCAGCAGACAAUUGUAAAGUGCGAGACAGAUAAAUUACAGGUGCUCCAACUGGAUCUAUGUGGGCAAUGCAUGCUUGAUAUUGCGUUCAAGGACAUAUUAAACAAAAAUCAAAAAAGUUUUUCUAGAUUGACUAUCAUGUCUGUUAGAGGCGCCUGUCGUUUAUCAGACGAUGGGCUCAGGAACCUUGUCAAGUCAGCCCCUCUACUUAGGUCUAUCAAUUUGGGUCAGUGCACCCUUCUAACCUCUGAUUCCGUCAACUGUAUAGCUGAUUUUUUGGGAUCAGAUCUGAGGGAGUUAUACAUAGACGAGUGCAAUAAAAUUGACGCGAUGAAGAUUUUACCCGCAUUUAAGAAAUUCAGAUAUUUGGAAGUCUUAUCCGUUGCUGAAAUUCAUACCAUAAACGAUCAGUUUGUGGACGGACUGGUCACUGCUUGCGGUCAAAGUCUCAAGGACCUCGACUUUGCUAAUUGCGUCGGACUGACGGAUUGCUCUCUCCAAACCAUUGGCAAAAGUUGUGCUGAUUUGUGUUCGUUGAACAUAUCCAACCUGAAUAACUUGACAGAUCUGGGGUUGGAGCAUCUUGCCAAUGGUUGUAGAUCAAUUCAAAAGCUCAAACUUCGCCACAAUGAAUUCAGUGAUGAAGCUGUGGCUGCAUUUCUAGAAAGCUCUGGCGAGGCAUUGUUGGAACUUUUACUGAAUAAUAUGGCAAUGGUCGGACCCCUUACUGCCUUGUCAGUCGCCAAACGUUCAAGAAAGUUGUUGACUUUGGAUGUAUCAUGGUGUCGCAAAAUCAGUAAUGAGGCUCUAGGAUUGAUUGUUGAUAGCUGCUCGUCGCUGAAGCUGCUGAAAAUCUUUGGCUGUAGGCAGAUCACCGCUGGGUUUCUUCAAGGUCACUCGAAUCCACUUGUGAGGAUAAUCGGGUCGAACUUCACUCCACUAAUGGAUCAUCUGGAUCUGCUUGAACCUGAGGAGAUGUUCUUGCGGUACUCACCUCUUCCAGUUUUCUCAGAAGAUUGACAUACUCAUAUAAAGCGAGAAACAGAGCUACAAGAUGCAACAUUCGUAGCGUUCCAACGAUGCGACUCUCUGUAGGGUGCUGCAGUUUUCUUCAUGGAUUUAGAUUAUUUUUGUUGGAAAUUUUUGCCAUCUUCAUUAGCUCAGUGCAAGUAACAUUAAAACAAACUUCCCCUCUGAAUUUCAUGAUAAGAUAUUUGUGUAUAUAUAUAUCAUUGUUUUUGUUCA